UUGCAUCAAGAUUACGAUCAGUUUGCUACACGUGCUCGAGGAAGCACGGCACAAAGCACAUGACGCUCCGUUUUCCAGCCGCGCAAUGGCCAAGUGUCGGCUCUGUUUACCAAACAAAGAGAACACCACGUCAUAUCAACGAGUUACGUCCGGCCAAAACGUUUGUAGUAAACAAAACCUUUAUGUUUCGGGCUCACAACUCCCGUCGUUCCAUCACAGCUGUGAGGAGCAUGUAAAUGAAGUGAUAUGUGUUUACAUUUUCUAAAUUUGUUUACAGCCCAACCCUUUUUCAAGCAGAGAUGCCACGUGUAUCGAACUGUACUGCAACGUCACGGACUGUGUAUGUGUGUGUAUGUUUUGAAUAUGAUGCUGCUUCUCAUCGCUUUAGAUCGCACUUUAUAACCCCGAAGGCAUAGAUACGCCGUGAAGAGGUGGCAAGAAGGGACAGCUGCAAAGCAAAUGGACAGCUAAGCGACACACUGGUUGUAAUAUGGCACGAGGACAAAGCGCACAACCGGCCACGUAUGGCAGUGAUAAGCGAUAUAAGCUAACGAUAGCACCGGCACACGUUGACUUAGGUGUCUAGUGAAUGAACAGCUUUGUUGGCUAGUGAUAUGCGAGGUUAAUUUCCCUACAUAAACUGUUACACUUCAACAUUCAACUACAGUUUGAGAGACCCACCAACAUCAAGAAGCAGUUUUAUCGCACAGUAACAAAUGUACUGUUUUCACUGAUUCAACCUUUCCGAAAUGUUCAAGAUAAGAGACAACGACAUGAAACAAGUAAAUUACAUUGAUGUAGCAUCAACGCAUCACAGUGCUAUUUUGGGUUGUGUUGGACCUGCCAGUAAAUGGACCACAUGCUACAGUCCCAGUCUGGUACGGUGCGUUGGUGGGAGCUUGUCUUCUGUUUCGUUACACUUCUCCAAACAUGUCCCAAGUUUAGCUUCAAUAUGAGAUUCGGUCCCUCGUACCGCUUCACCUUGUGCCGGUCUGAGUUGAUUCUACUUUUCCUACUUGCCAUCGCCCUAGUGCUUAUCGUACAUCAAUAUUCUCGGGCAGUGUUGCAGCAGGUAUCGGUGGUAUCUUCCGAGCCCCACUAUAAACGUCAACAAGCACCCCAACAUGUCGCCACGGCUCAUCAUGCCCCACCAGGACACAUGGGAGAACCGGUAACGCUACCACAAGAGCAGGGAAACAUACCGGACAGCGUGCAGGAACAGAUUGCACUCGGCUGGCAGCGGCAAGGUUACAAUCAGUUUGUUUCGGAUUUGAUCUCCGUGCGGCGGGAACUGCCCGAUGUACGCGAUCCCUGGUGUCGCGAACGAAAGCGAUCAGCAUUGCCACCGGUCUCUGUUGUGAUUGUGUUUCACGAUGAAGCUCUGUCGGUGCUGUUACGUACUGUGCAUUCCGUUUUGAACCGUACACCACCGGAACUGGUACAGGAGAUCUUGCUGAUAGACGAUUGGUCCAGUUUGGUACAACUGAAAACAUUCCUGGACGACUACUUUCUGCCGUACAGUGACAAGGUGCGCAUUCUGCGAACUCCAAAAAGGCUUGGACUGAUUACGGGACGAAUUUUCGGCGCAAAACGUGCAUCGGCCGACUACCUGCUCUUCCUCGAUGCGCACUGUGAGUGUCUCGCGGGUUGGCUAGAGCCUUUGCUGGAACUAGUGGCCAGCAAUCAGGAGAACAGGAAAGUGGUCGCAGUACCCACCAUCGAUUGGCUGAACGAGACCACAUUGGCGCUUCAAGUAGGCGCUUCCAGUGGACUGUACGGAGCGUUCGAUUGGAAUCUUAGCUUCCAGUGGCGACCACGGUACGAUCGACUUCAGGUCCCACAAGAGAACUUGCUCGAACCAUUCGACACACCAGUUAUGGCGGGUGGACUGUUCUGCAUUGAGAAGGCAUUUUUCGCCCAACUCGGCUGGUACGAUCCCGGGCUGCAGGUUUACGGUGGUGAAAACAUGGAACUAUCCUUCAAGGUGUGGAUGUGUGGUGGAGCGAUCCGAACGGUGCCCUGUUCCCAUGUCGCCCACAUCCAGAAGCGUAAUAAUCCCUACAUUGGGAGCUACACCAAGGAACGGGACCUAACGAUGAGGAACAGUCUACGAGUUGCUGAAGUGUGGAUGGAUGAGUAUGCCGAAUUUCUCUAUCGCCUGCAUCCCGAUUAUCGAGCUCUUCUAGCAUCGCGAACUUCACACUCGCUAUCAAACGUAAAUCUCGACGCUCGUCGACAGCUUCGUAGUGAGUUGGGCUGUAAGUCUUUUCGCUGGUAUCUGCACCACGUGUUUCCCGAGCAGGACGAUCCAUCCGAGGCGCAGGCGGCGGGUUGGAUCCGGCAUGAAAACGAAGCCGGCCAACUCUGUCUCACCUGGCCGAUGCGCGAUCGUUCGUUGGCUUUGCUGCACUGCCAUGGGUUAGGGGGGCAACAGAUUUGGUUUCACCGCAAAACGGGAGAGAUCGCCAGAGAGGGACACUGGCUGGGUGUGGACAGUGGUAAUAAACCGCAAGAAGCGGAGGUGACGAUCGCACUCUGCAGCUCCGAGGGUAGCUCCGGCGCCUAUAGAUGGCUCUAUCGUCGACAGACAGGCCAGCUAGUGAAUGUUGCCAGCGGACUGUGUCUAGUGCCAGCGGAUAAUAAUUUUCGCGUGACGGUGGAACGGUGUGAGUCGCCUGAUCGAGAGAUCUUUACACAUUCCAAUCGUCAGCGGUGGACUUUUCAAAUUGAUGAUAUAUGAGAGAGGUGUGUGUUUUUUUAAGAGGAUCAAUAAAAUUAAUUAAAAAUAAAACCGA